UUUAAAAACUCAUUAAAAUAUCUGUUUCUUGGCUAUACAACUGAAUUACGGUUUUUAUUUAUUUUUUUCCAGUUGCAGGUGAUGAAUCUACUACCCGGUUGACCUGAGUCAUUUCUCCAGCGAGGGGAGUGGUACAGCACCAGACCCCUGACCUCUCCUCAAUCCCCACUGGCUUCACGCUCCAGCUCGUGAGCCUCGGAGCCCUGGAUCUCUUGUCUCUCACCUCCCCUUUUUCCUCUGGACCUUGACGUGGGAACAGUGCCGUAACAGACCGCCCAAUGCUGAGGAGGAACUGCCUGCUGCUGUUCCUGUGCUUCCUCUUUGAGCAGAGCUCCUGCGCUCCCUUCCAAAGCAGGCCAGGGCAAGAGUGGCCCCACAGCCAGACGGGGCCAUCGGCGGCAGGAAGGAAUGGAGGUUCCAGAGGAUUCCAGAGGGUCAAGAGGGGCUGGGUAUGGAACCAGUUCUUUGUGCUUGAGGAGUACAUGGGCUCGGACCCACAGUAUGUUGGAAAGUUGCACACUGACUUGGAUAAAGGGGAAAGCGCAGUGAAAUACACUCUCUCAGGCGAUGGUGCUGGAACCAUCUUCACCAUCGACCAGAUCACCGGGGACAUACAUGCUUUACGCAGUCUGGAUCGCGAGGAGAAGCCUUACUACACGCUACGAGCUCAAGCGGUGGAUGUCGAGACCAACCGACCGCUGGAACCAGAGUCAGAGUUUGUCAUCAAGGUGCAGGACAUCAACGACAAUGAGCCAAAGUUCCUGGAAGGGCCCUACACAGCUAGUGUACCUGAGAUGUCACCUGUAGGUACAUACGUGAUGAAGGUGACGGCGACAGAUGCAGACGACCCUACAUACGGCAACAGUGCCAGAGUGGUGUACAGCAUACUACACGGCCAGCCAUACUUCUCCGUGGAUCCCAAAACAGGAGUCAUCAGGACAGCUCUACCCAACAUGGACCGGGAGGUGAAGGAGCUGUAUCAGGUCCUCAUCCAGGCCAAAGACAUGGGUGGACAGUUAGGGGGUCUGGCAGGGACCACCACUAUCAACAUCACCCUGAGUGACGUCAAUGACAACCCACCCAGGUUCUCCAAAAGCAUCUUUCAUCUGCGUGUACCAGAGUCAUCAGCAGUUGGGUCAGCAGUUGGCCGAAUCAAAGCUCAUGAUCUGGACAUUGGAAAGAACGCAGAGGUGGAAUACAACAUCGUCCCUGGAGAUGGAGGAGCCAUGUUUGAUAUCACCACCAACGAGCACAAUCAGGAGGGAAUCAUCAUGCUCAAAAAGCCAUUGGACUAUGAGACCAAAAAAGCAUACACAUUUAAAGUGGAGGCCUCCAAUGCACACCUGGAUCCCCGGUUCCACAAUUUUGGCCCGUUCAAAGACACAGCGACAGUGAAGAUAAACGUCCUUGAUGUGGAUGAGCCUCCGGUCUUCAGCAAACCCUCCUACGCGAUGGAUGUUUAUGAGGACACGCCACAGGGCACCAUCAUAGGAGCUGUGACAGCACAGGAUCUCGACGCAGGAAACAGUCCAGUCAGGUAUUCCAUCGACUGGAAGAGUGACCUGGACAGCUUCUUCGACAUCGAUCCUGUCAGAGGAACCAUCUCCACCAAUGAGCUUCUGGACAGGGAGAGUAUAGCCCAGCACAACAUUUCAGUUGUGGCCACUAAAGUUAAUAACCCAGUGCUGACCAGCAGAGUGGCCGUCACAGUUCAUGUGCUGGACAUUAAUGAGUUUCCACCAGAGCUGGCCAUGCCUUACGAGACUUUCGUGUGUGAGAGCGCCAAAGUCGGGCAGGUGAUUCAGGUCAUCAGUGCAAGAGACCAGGAUCUUCCUCAAGCCGGGCAGUUUUCCUUCAAAUCUCCUCAAGAGGGAGUGAAGACCAAAAACUUCACCAUCAGAGACUUUGGAAGUGACACUUCUUGAGUUGUGACCUUGCGUGGCGGCUUCAAACGGCGCUCUCAGGAGAUCUACCACCUUCCUGUGGUGAUUGAAGACGGUGGCCUCCAGAUGUUGAGCAGCACUGGCACCCUCACCAUCCGCGUGUGCGGCUGUGACACCGAUGGAUCUUUACUAACGUGCAGCGCUGAAGCCAUUUUCCUCCCUGUGGGCCUCAGUACCGGAGCCCUGAUCGCUAUUCUGGUGUGCAUCGUCAUACUGCUGGUGAUCAUGGUUCUCUAUGUUGGGGUUAGGCGGCAGAAGAAGAAAGAGACUCUCAUGACUUCCAAAGAGGACAUCCGUGACAACGUCAUCCAUUACGACGAUGAAGGAGGAGGUGAAGAGGACACGCACGCCUUCGACAUGGGCACCCUUCGCAACCCCAAAGUCAUUAAGGAAAACUUGUUUCGCCGAGACGUUAAGCCAGAGUUGGGUUUGUGUCCACGGCGGCCAAUAGCCUCGCAGAACAGUGCUGACAUCAGCAACUUCAUCAGUCAGCGACUGCAAGAACAUGACGGUGACACUUCCGCCCCGCCGUACGACUCGCUGGCCACGUACGCCUACGAGGGCGAAGGCUCGGUGGCCGACAGUUUAAGCUCUAUAGAGUCUCUAAAGGGUGAAAUGGAGGAGGACUACGAUUACCUCAACGAGUGGGGGCCUCGCUUCAAAACCCUCGCAGGAAUAUUCGCAGAACGAUCAGAGAGCCAAUCAGAUGUAACAUCCAGCACCACCACUGAAAACAAAUACUGAUGGGUUUGUUUUGUUUUUUUUUCGUUUCAGUUUUUCUUACACUGGGUUUGAAACAAACAUAGUUGUUUAUUUAAAGUUUAUUUUCUUUUACCAGAUUUCGUUACAUUACUUUGUAGUUGUUCUUUUUCAACUCUUUCUCAAAACAAGAGAGGAUAAAGGAAGCCAGAAUAAAAUGCAGCCUUUGGAUUAUCUGUAAGUGAAUGUUGGAGGUUUGUGUUCAUAUUUAUUCAGCUUUGCUUUUCACGAAAAAAAAAAAGAACCACAUAAAAGAUGCAAAAUUUUUCUGACAUCCUUAAAAAGUGCCUCAAUGGAGUUGGUUUGUUAUUCUUCUUUUCAUGGUUUAGCUUUGUUUCGUCACCCUUCUUAAGGAUGAAUGGCGUCGCUAACCGAAGUUGACCGCAACCUGGAUUUCGAGCUUCGGUGGAAAGAUUUUUAAGGAGGAAAUGUCUACAUGGGCCUCGUUUGGCCAAAGAUAUUUUUGAAUGUUAUUUAUGAUUCUAUUUAUUUAUUUGUGAGGCUGUUGAGAUGGGUUGUAACGUUUUGUUAUGUAUUUAUCUAUUUAUCAUGAUUUCAAAUCGAAUAUAAAUUUCUUAUUUUUUUGAAGACACAAGGAUUUUCAUAAUUAUUUGCUCCUCAUGAGGACAUGGACGUUGUAGUCCCAAGAGGAACUUGUAUAGACUUGUACUUGUUGUAAAACAAAAAACAAAACAAAACAAACAAAAAAAUUAGGGCUAAACAUGAGCUAUUACAGUUGAGUCCUGUAAUAAACACAGUUUUCUUAAAUAAACACCACUUGGAAAAAAAAAAAGAAAAAAAAAUCACUGCUUGAAUAUGUUCCAGGUUUUUGUACAUUCUUAAAGUUCCGUGUAGAACCAACAUUCAUGGAAUCUUUCCAUCGCACAAAAUGUUCUUUUAUAGUGGAAAAAGGUUAUUUGAAUUAUUCAAAUGUUUUUCACAGUAUGAAAAAAAAGGUUCUUUUAAGAACUGUUCAGUGAAAGGUUCCUUGAGGAACCCAUCACUGCAAAAAACCUUUUGGAACCUUUAUUUUUAACAGUAUAGAAACCAGAUCUAAUUUAGGCCUUCCCCCAAAGUCUCAAUAUCCCAAUGUUCAACUAUAGGUCUGAUUGGGUUUGUGAUAUGCUGAUAUAACAGUCAGAGGACCAGUGAGGCUGCUGAAAAUGAGAUGGGUUAUCAAAUAUACUCUUUGAUCUUAUCUUCGGUGUCUGCUGAGUGGGAAGGAGAUUUCUUGAAUCACUGCCAAUCAAUGAAAGGAGGGUGAGUAUAAAAGGCACACACAUGCACAUUAUAUUAUUAUGUUAACAUAAGCACGGUUUAUAUAUAUAUCAUAUAUAGAUCAUUUGGUGUUUUUAUCCACCCUUCGGGGCACUUUUUAUUUAUUUAUUUAUUUAUUUGCCAGAGUUAAUGAACAUGUGCUCAUAAUGUAGCAUUCAAUCCAUCAUUCACGGGACAUGAUCUCAGACUGCUGUGAAACCUUUUGUGUCCAAAUCAAACAUCGACUUGCUGGCAAGUCAAUCAUGAACCUCUGUACCUGUUGCUUUUGUAUUACUUUAUCUGGGGCACUCUAUGAAUAUGCAUGAAAUGACUCUGUCAUUACUAAUUUGCUUAAUGACUCUCUCUAUGGGGAAGUCAGACAUUGUAAAAAUCUGCUGAUUUUUACAUUGAGCUCCAGAGCUCAUUAGACGGCAGGAAGCUACCACCACUGAAAACACUUUGGAUGUUGUGAACAGAUAACGCACAGUAAGUUUAUGUACAAUAAAAGACAAAGGAUUUUUUGGAUUUACAUUUAAUCAUUUAGCAGGCACUUUUAUCUAAAAUGAUUUACAAAUGAGGGAACUACCAUUAAUUUCAGUUUCAGCAGCAUAAUGUCACAUACUGUACACAGGCUAAUAUUUGAAAGCAGGUGAGUUUAAAAGAUAAAAAAUACAGUUGUAACUAACAACUUCAAGUUUAUUAGCCAUAUAUUAUCAACAGUAGUAGAAAUGUUUAUGUGUCUCUUGUUGUUAAGUGUUUUUCAAGGUUGCAAGAAAGGGCAUCCAAGUGCAUCAGUAUCACAAAUUACAGUAUGAUACUGACAUUAUAUUUACACAUUGUCUGGAAUCAUCCAUUCAGAAAAAAAGAAAACAAGAAAACUCCACAGCUCAGUAUUGAAGGUUGGCACCAAGAC